AUGUUGACAUUAUGGCAAAAUGCUCAAAAAACUAAAUUAAAAAAUUUACCACCUCCAAUACCGACAUCAGAACCACCCAUGGAAGGAGAUUAUGAAGUUAUUGAAUUUCCUGUUCAACAAUAUACCAAUACAGCAAUACCUUGUCAGCUACCUAAAAAAAUUGAUGGUAAACAUUGUGAUUUAUGUGGAAGUUCUGAGCCUACAGUUAGAUGCGAAAAAUGUUCUUCACAAGUUUUUUGUUUGUCUUGCGACGAUAUGUACCAUCGUCAUCCAAAAAGACAAUCUCACGUUAGAAAGGGUAUCGAAUCUAAUAGAUUUCGUCCGCCAUUACCUCCAAAAGGUGAAUCGACUUCAGCUCCGGUUCCUCCACCGAGAAGAAACAAACGUCCAGGAAGUGCAUCAUCACUUGGUUCAGGCUCGAGAAGUAAUCAGGGUUUAACGACAUUCUCAAGAAAAAAUUUAAUGGAAGAUGUAAAACCUAAUUUAAUGAGAAGAAAUCUUUUGACUCGACCUCUUCCGGACAUUCCGAUGAAUGAAAAUCGAAAUCAGAACCGAGAAUCUCCAUUUCCAUCAAAAUGGCAAGAUCCCAAUCAAAGCUCAAAUAAUUUUUUCCCAGAAUUUUCAUUUCAAGGAACGAAUGAUAUAAGAACACCAUAUAAGAAAAAUCAAGGAUGGGAAACGGAUAGUACAGGUGCACGAAAUCGAAUGGGAAGCGUAGCCGGAUCAGAAUUAAAUCUUUCACCCAAAACUAAAACAAAAUUUGAUGGUUCCUCGAUGACUGAUACUUUAGGUAGAAGGAAAAGUGAUGUGGAUCCUUUUUUUCCUGCGGCUAAUUCAAACGUAAAUUUUGGUAAAGGAAUGAUGUCCAGUGCUUCGGUGACUGAUUUGAAUAUAAAUCCGAUGCAACAAUUUUCAUUUAAUCCAGCCAUGCAGGCUCAAUCAAUGUCUCAUUUGAAUUGUCCAACCUGUAAUCAAGGAUUUUGGAUGGACAAUUGGGAACACAUUCGUGGAAGCAAUAUGGCUCUUCAUGCACCACCGAUGAAACCUUUCGAACAAGGAUGGAACGGUCCGUGGCAUCAGUAUCCAGGAUUAAUACCUCACACUCAUGGUCCAAUGCCGUUUCCCCAACCAAUAAAUGUCGUUGGAGUACCUAAUGUUAUGGCAAUAAAUGGUAGAAUUAGCAGACCACCAUCUCCGGCGUUAAGUACGAGAUCAAGAAAAUCUUUUGCAUCGUCUAAAGCAAAUAGAAGAGCCCAUAGAUCUUCUACUUUACCACCUAGAGGACUGGAAUUACCCAGUCACGAUAUUUCAUCUUCGGAUUCGGCUGAAGAAAUGAUGUCAUUCAGUCAAAGAGACGAUGGAGAAAUCGAUGAUGAUGAAGAUUUUACUCCAAUGAGUGGUUUAAAAGAUAAACAACCGGAAUCCGUGAAAAUUCCCGAUCAUAAAUGGGAAUGUGAACACUGCACAUUUGUUAAUAAACCAGGAGUGCGAGUCUGUGCUAUUUGUUGUAAAACGCCGACAAAAAAUGUUAAUUUUGUAAAAAACCAAAAUGGAUUAUUAUCCUCGAGAAAAAAUUCAAAAGUUGAGGCUGAAGUUGAUGUAACAAAAUCUAACGUGACUCAAGAAUCAGAAGAUGCCUUAGUUGAAAUGUUCAAUAAACCUCUAAAUAUAUCGUCCAAUACUGUAUCAAAUAAAAAAGGGAGAAGUGCAGACGAUAAGAAGUCUUCGACAAGUAAAAAUACUAAAGAUAAUAGACAAUCAGAACAAAGUGAUUCGAACGACUCUUCCGAACGGGACGUAAACGAUUUUAUAGAUGAUCCUUUUAUUGAUAAUUCCUCAUCCGAAAAAUCGUCGUUUAAUUCCUCGUCGUCCUCGAAAUCCUCCAAGUCUUCGACCUCUCCUCAAACUAAUAACACAACCCCACAACAAAAAAUAAUAAAAAAUUCUAAAGUUUCGUCAAAACAUCAGCAAUCAAAAGAAUUCAAUAGCAAAAGAUGUGUUUCUCCCUCUAAAAAUAACAAAGAAAAUAAAUUUAAGUGCGAUUUAGUUAUACAAAAAACAUCAAAAAAUGAUGAAAAAGUUGAAAAACUAAAUAAUAAUUGUGAAAAGGCUAUAACGAUUUCGGCCAAACAAGAAGAUGAUAAUAAUAAUAAUAAUAAUAAAUCACAAACAACAAAAACGACAACAACAGUUGCUGUUGGAUCGUCUCCACCGACUGAAACGGAAAAAAUACCAAUAAAAAAAAUGACUUCUUCAACUGGAACCUCUCCCCCUCCUCAAAGUGCUGCCACUCAGACUUAUGAUUUACCACAAAAUUUUUUGGAAGAAAGAAUUAAAGACAAAAUAUUUAUAGAAAAUUCUCAACACAGAGAUUUAUUGGCACCUGAUAACGUAAAAAGUAGAAAAUUGAGGAGGGCAAUGUCUUUAUAUAUGAAACCAGAUUCAUGGAGAAAAUCUCCCAUUCUUUCUAAAUUCCAAAGUAGGCAUUCAUUAGUUAGUGAUUCGGAGAGUUUGCCAUUUAAUUCCGAAUUGGAUUACAUACCCACCAUUUAUAAUAAAAAUAAUUUUAGAGACGUGAGUCCAAGCGAAAUGUCUUUUAGUUCUUACAUAAGAGGAGAUGAAUCAGAUGUUUAUCAAUCUGAUAUAACUCCAGAAGAUUUCGAAAAUGUCAAAUAUUCGGAAAAAAAAAUAAAAAGAAAUUUUUCCAACAGUAAUUUAGAUCCCGAAAUUUUGGAUAAAAUAAAAUUUUUAAACAGUAAAGGACACAAAGAAAAAAUUGGGAGAAAUCAACGGGAUACUUUAAAAAAUCAAGGAAUGCAAUUUGUUCGUUUAUUACGCGAAGCAGAAAAAAAUAAUUUUACAACGGAAGAUCUUGAAAUAGCAUUUGAACAUUGCGAAAAUGAAAAUCCGAUCGUUUGGUUGAAAAACAAUUACAAAAACAUUAUAGAUACUGUUGUUACAUUGGCAACAAAUUAUGGUCGUGAAUGUAAAGAAAAUUCUGUUGGAACUGUAUCUCAAUUGGAAGCGAGAAAAUCUUUGCAUGCUUCUAAAGGAGUCAUUUGGGCAGCAGUUAAUGAUUGUGUGGAAAAUCGACAGAAAAAGUUCAACGAACUAGCUUCUAGAGGUAAUUUUACGAGGGAAGAUAUUUUAACCGUUUUAACAGCCAAUCACGGAGACAUAGAAAUAGCUUAUUCCGAACUAAAAAAAAUAUCAAACGAAUUUGUUAACAAUCCUCCGGAUAAAAUUGAAAAAAAAAUUAAUAAAAAAGAAAAAAUUACACAAAAAAAAAAUAAUGAUGAACCCGAUAAUAAUUUUCCAAUGGAAACAAAUCAAAUAAAUGAAUUUGAUCAAUUCAAUAUUCAAUCUGAAAAUGUAUUAAUUAAUAACAAAUCUGACAAAAGGAACAACAAUUCAUUGAAAAAACAAACCGAUGAUAAAAUUUUAACUAAAAAUUUUUCGGAGACUAAUCAAAUCAUAGCCGAUAUUGAAAAUUUAACUAAAGAAAUUAGUAACAUAUCAUUCGAAGACAAUAAAAAGAAAAAAAAUAGUCCAAAAUCAUCUUCACCCUUACCGGUUAAUGAUUUAUUUUCUAUUAAUUUUAAUAAGCUAUUUGAAAUUGAUGAAUUUAAAAAUGAUAGCCGACAUUCUUCAACAUCUAAAUCUAUUUCAUCUGAUUCAAUCGAUUCACCAUCAUUAAAAUCUCAGAAUAAAAAUGAUGAAAAAAUACCCGAUGAGGUAGAAUCAUCAGAAGAAUUUUAUUCAGAUGGCUGUUAUGAAUCCCAUUGUAGUGAUUCAAAUAAUUCAACUUAUGAUUAUGGUGAAAAUUAUUUAAAAGACAUGGAAAAUAUCACAAGUGAACCACCUGCUUUUUCGAAUACGGAAGAGUUAAAGGAAAACAAAGAAAAUCAAUUAGAAAACGAUGAGGAAAAUCAGUUGGAAAAAAAUAAUAAUAAAAUUCAAACCAUUUUGAAAAUUCUUCAAGAGGGAACGGAAAGAAUAAACGGAUUUUUAAAAAAUGAAAAUAAAAAUUUGACUAAUUUUCAAGAGAAUAAAUCCGAACCGACUGAAUCUUCAAACGGUGUAAAAAAAAAUAUUGUAAAAGAAACAAAAAAAUCUAAAAAAAAAUCUAAAAUAAAUGAUGAUAAAUUAUCACAAAAUGAUGAAAUUGUAAAUGAUUCUCAAACUAUUCCAACAACAACAGCAACAACAAUUUCCAAUGAGACUUUGAAUGAAUCAUUAAAUAAUGAAAUUAUUACUGAAAGUGAAAAUAUAAAUGUACCUGAUAAUGUUCAGGUACAAGAAGAGACUAUAAGUAUUAGUGAAAAAACUGUAGAAAAAACCCUGGUAAAUAAUUUAAAUCAAGGUGAAGAAGAAGUUAUACCUGUUGCCACAAAUGCAAAUAAUAAUAAUAAUAAUGUAGAAAUUUCCAUAACUGAAUCAAUCAAUAAAUUAGAUGAAGAGCAAAAAGAUACAGAAGAAAGAGAUGCAGUAGAUAAAAAUUAUGAAAAUAAUAAUCAAAUAAAUGAAAUUGAAAUAGAUGGUUCAAUAAAUGAAAAUAAUGUAGAAGACAAUGAUGAUGAUGAUGAUGAUGAUUAUAAUUUUGAGCGUCAGGCAAGAAGGUAUUUGGCAGAAGGUAUAGUUCCAUCAUAUGAAAAAGCAGAAAUUCUUGUUAAACUUUUAAAUUUUGGUUUCGAAGAAGAGGAUGCUGAACAAGCAGCUUUAGAAUGUGGAAGUGUUGAUUCUGCUUUAGCAUAUUUACAACAGGAAUGUGAAUUAUGCAUGGGAAGAUAUCCAAUGAAACAAAUGAUUUCAAUGUUAAAAUGCACUCACCGAUGCUGUAAAGAAUGUGCUAAAAAUUAUUUCACUCUCAUAAUAACAGACAGAAAUAUAUCUGAUGCCAUUUGUCCAUUUUGUAAAGAACCAGAACUUAAUGAAGAAGAUGUAAUUUUAGAAUAUUUUAGUAAUCUUGAUAUUUUACUUAAGAAUAUAUUAGAUUUUAAUAUUCACGAACUUUUUCAAAGAAAAUUGAGAGAUAGAACUUUAAUGAAAGAUCCAAAUUUUAAAUGGUGUGUUCAGUGUUCGUCCGGCUUUAUUGCAAAUCCUCGUCAGAAAAAAUUAACAUGUCCGGAUUGUAAAUCUGUUUCUUGCGCCAUUUGCAGACUACCAUGGGAAAAACAACAUGAAGGUAUUUCAUGCGCACAAUUUAAAAAUUGGAAAGAUGCAAACGAUCCUGAAAGACAAGCUGAAGGAGUUGCUAAACAUUUACAAGAAAAUGGUAUAGAAUGUCCAAAUUGUAAAUUUCAAUAUUCAUUAUCAAGAGGAGGCUGCAUGCAUUUUACUUGCACUCAAUGCAAGUACGAAUUUUGUUGCGGUUGUGGAAAACCUUUUAAAAUGGGAACAAAAUGUGAUGUGAGUCAAUAUUGUGCUAAAUUAGGACUUCACGCACAUCAUCCCCGGAAUUGUUUGUUUUAUCUAAGAGACAAAGAACCUGGGGAAUUGCAACAUUUGUUAAAGGAACACAAAAUUGAUUUUUUGGUAGAUCCACCGGAAAAUACAAAAUCUCCCAAUAAAAAUAAUGAAUUAAAUAAACUCAGAUGUCCUAUUCCAAUACAAAAAGAAAUGCCAAAGGGAUUAAUAGACACUGUUUGCCAUUUGCCAGUUGAAGAAGGACAUGCUGGAUUGUGCAGAAAACACUACGUAGAAUAUUUAUGUACUUUAAUUAGAAGAAAUUCAUUGGAAACAUUAAGUAUUCUUAAUUCAGAUGAUUUAGAAACUGUUGUCAAGAGAGAACAUAAGGGCAUGCCUCCAAAAUAUUAUGGGAUACCAGAUAAUGUUUACAGGGAAAGCUUGCUAAAGUAUCUCGUCUCGGUAAUAUCGAAGAACAAAAUCGAUCCGAUAUCCAUCCUCGAUAUAGCUGACGUUUUACAAGAAUUAAAAAGACGAGGCCGAGAAUUCCCUCCCAGGCCGGAACGUUGUACGGAAUAUCAAUAUAAACUCAUAUGCGCAAAGGUAGUCAAGGAGGAAAUACCAUUAGAAUAG